AUGUUCACUCCGAAAUCUUCAAGGCCUGCCACCGUUGCCGUUUAUCCACGUCUACGACGUAAGAAAAAAGGCGAAAAUGUGACACCCGCUAUCGAACUCGAACGCAUCCUCGGCUUCACCACCUCAAAGCCGACGGUACUGACCACGGCUCCUGCACAAGACCUUGUGGCCUACGCAGCUGGUUCGGUGGUUGUACUCUACAAUCACAAGAAAAACAAGCAAGUUGGUUUCCUACACGCGUCUUCCACCACAACUCCCUUACCACAAAAUCCUACAAAUGCGUCUUCAUCUGGCUGGUCAAAUCGACAUACAAUUGCCGGUGAUGGUAUUCUAAAUCCUCUAGGAGCACUUGGUUUAUUGGAUCCACAAAACGCCAGUUCUGGAAGUGCCGCUGGUAGUUCCAAGAAAACGCCCAUCAGCAACAAGGCCAAACCGAUAUCGUGUCUUUCCUUUUCUCCUGAUGGCAAUUACUUGGCCGUUGGCGAGACCGGUCACCAACCUCGUAUCCUAGUGUGGGAUGUGCAAGCCAGGACCCUGAUUUCCGAACUCAAAGGUCAUAAAUUCGGCGUCUUGGCUCUCCGAUUUUCUCCAAACAUGAAAUGGAUCGUCUCUCUAGGUUUCCAACACGAUGGUUACCUCAACGUUUGGAAUUGGAAAAGUGGUACAAAAGUUGCGUGCAACAAGAUUACUACAAAAGUUCAUACGUUAGCAUUUAGCCGGAAUGGCUCUUACUUUGUGACGGCCGGAUUAAGACACGUAAAAUUUUGGUAUUUUGACCCGAGCGGAAAUUUACCAAAGAAAUCUGCGAGUCAAUCAAUAACGAAAACCGCGCAAGUUCUGGAUGGGCGAUCUGGGAUUCUGGGUGAUUUAAGAGAUAAUAAUUUCCUCGACGCUGCGUGUUGUCAGAAAACGGAUCACACGUAUUUGGUAACAUCCAAUGGAUUGCUAUGCAUGUUCACGGAAGGGAGGUUGAUGGACAAAUGGGUUAAUUUGCAGGUCAAAGGCGCCCAUUCAAUUGAUGUGAGCGAGCAAUACAUCGUUUGUGCAUGCACAAAUGGGAUAGUCAGACUGUUCGAGCCGGUCACACUGAAAUAUUUGGGUACCCUACCGAAACCGCAUCCUUUGGGCGUUGAUCUGACUUUGCAAACGGGAACGACAUAUAAUGGGGCCGGUGGACCCAAUGAUGUGUACCCCGAUACGUUGGCCUUAAAGUUGGACGCGGAAACCGGAAAACUGACCUGCGUAUAUAACGAUCGUAGUCUUUUUAUAUGGGAUAUAAAGGAUAUAAAGAAGAUAGGAAAGUAUAGGAGUUUCCUCUAUCAUAGUGACACCAUAUGGGGAGUGGAGAUGAUACCAAUUCGAGACGAUUCAGUCGCGGUCACAUAUCCUGAUAACACUUUUGUCACCUAUUCGGCGGAUAACACCAUAAGAUUUUGGAAUUUAGAUGGCACUAAUUCCACAGGACCAAAUACCGCGUCCGCUGGCAACAAUAAUGGAACGUCCACUGUUAUCAAGAGAAACAUUUACAGCAAGGAAUGCGUCAAAAUUGUUUACGUUGAUCCGGACGGCUCGUACAGGUCAAGUGCUGUGGUCAGAGAUAAUGAUCAGCCUGAUUCUGCCGACCAAUCAGCACCGAUAGAAACGGGCAUCCGUACCCUGAGAAUCAGUCCAGAUGGAAAGUUAAUAGCAUCCGGGGAUCGUGGAGGAAACUUGAGGGUACAUGAUCUUGACACCUUCACCGAGCUCACAUACCAGGAGGCACACGAUGCAGAGAUACUGACGAUCGAGUUUACAGAUGGACGCAUUCCAGAUGCUCCAUAUUUGAUUGCCACAGCAAGUCGAGACAGAAUACUACACGUCUUUGACAUUAAUAAUAAUUAUCAUUUGAUUCAGACGUUGGAUGAUCAUUCCUCUUCAAUAACGGCCAUCAAGUUUACCAGCGACGGUGGAAGAUUGAUUAGUUGUGGUGCCGAUAAAAGUAUAAUAUUCAGAAGUCGACAGAGUUCCGGAAACUCUCAUCAUUAUGUGACCCAUCAUAAUAUACCGGGCAGAGCGACCGUGUUUGAUAUGGACAUCGACAUAUCGAAUCGAUACGUGUCCACGGUAUCUGGAGAACGUCGCUUGAAUAUCUAUCACAUUGACUCCGGCAAGAACGUGAAAUCCUAUAAGUCAGAAACAUCAGAUGAAGUUAACGCUGUAGAUCAAGGGAGCUUGCUAAGAAUUUCACUGGAUCCUGGUGGGGCAUGUGCUGCGACCGGAGGUUCGGAUAAGAGCAUUCGCUUAUUUGAUUUUACCAAUGGGACAAUAUUAGGAAAAGUCCUGGGACACUCGGAUUUAAUUACUUGUGUGAAAUUUACUCCUGAUUGUGAACGAGUGAUUUCGACAUCAGCCGAUGGCUGUAUGUUUGUCUGGAAGUUGUCAGACGAGUUGGUUUCAAAAAUGCGCCAAAAAUGGUUGGAAAGGAAUGGGUCACCGUCUAUGACAAAGGACUACCUUUCACCACAGUCGUCAAUCCCACCAACGACUCAACCAAAAACAACGUUGCCAGCUCAAAAGCCACAAUCACUUAUGUUUGACCUCCAACAAAUUGAUGAGGCAAAUGGACAGGACCAGGAAUUUUAUGUUCGUCGGGGUUCGGGUGGGUUAAAAACGAAGAAAUCAUAUUCGUCGAUGGACACGCAAACUGAGGAUAACGCAAGAAAAGUUUCGCCUGCAUUGAAGAGGCCUGUUUCAUUUACCAAUGAUGGAACAUCGCAGAAUAGGCCUCAGUUACAAAUAACCAAGUCUGUGCCAGAUCUCUCACAGACUCGAAUUCCCACGGUGAGAUCCCCUCCUCCAAUUAGUCCGGUGGGAACUCCACUUGAUACAUCAAUAGCUACCCCGCCCAAUACGCCAACAUCGAACUCGGGGAAAAGGGAAUCCUGGAAGAUUGGUUUUCCCAGUUGGGCGAAAAAAGCCUUUAAGGAGAAAGAUGGUGAAAGGAAAGAUAGAGAGGAUUUGGAAAUGAGUACAGAUGAUAUCGAGUCGAAUGCUAAACCCACGCAUGAAAUUGCGGAAAAGAAAUCACCAGUCGUGAAGAAAUCGAUCAGUAAGGUUAAAUCAAAAAGUAAACUGCGACAGGAUUCAACCAAGUCAUUUUUAGGAACGGAAUACGACGAUCAAGGAUUUGAAUCAUCAUCUGAUAACGCCUCAUUUGGAGAAUCGCUGUUGACAUCAGAUCGCCCCCCAAAUAUCGGCGAUGAAGUUGAUGAAGAGGAGGUGGACGAUGGGAAUUCACCUGAAGAAGACUCUAACGAGGAUGCGGAAACCAUAUAUGUUGAAUCCCAAGGAGAGGAAGAACCUGAGGAGUUUUUGUUGGAUGGUGAAAAUGUGCCGAUCACAAAACGACGACGGAGUAGUUUUGUGGAAAGCAUUAAAACAGUGGAAUUUGCAGGGGAUCGUCCGAAAUCACCUGCUGAGGAGAGCACACAGAAAUUAGAAAUGUUCUUGACAACUCAUGUGAAACCGAGUGUAGAUGAAAAUAUAUCCGCCGCCGAAGAAAGUGAUGAUUAUAUGGCUGUGGAGCAUCGUGGAAGGAAAAGGCAGAGUCUAACCACAAAGUUUUAUUCUGUUAGUCAAAGAAAAUCUCUAGAAUCUACCGGUCGUAAUGGCUUGUUAGACUCAUUAACGCUCGAAGAAGAAUCAGGCGAGCGUACCCGGAAAGAUUUGCAACCUGGGGAUGGUCAAGAUGAAGUGGAAAAGGCUUUGAAAGCUUUAGAAGGAAAGAAUUUGACUGCGGAAAGUCAAGAGAUGAAAGUUGUUAAUGAAGAUGAUCUCGUGGUUGGCCAAACGAGCAAGGCUAGCGAAAAUUCAAAAUCACCUGAAGAAGGCACUAAGUCUCCUAUAUUAAUAAUUGAUGAAGCUCACGUAAAAAGCUUUGAGGAUAAAAGUAAUGGGUUGAGUAUUGUAAUUUCCGAUGAGUACAAGAGCAAAAAAACCGAUAAUAGAAUCGACGACGAUGCUCCUGUAACCCGGAGUAGCACUGUUGGUACCUCCGCCUCCGAUGAUCAAAUAAACGAAGAUGGUGUCAUGGAUGACGUGCUAACCAUGACCGUAAUCCUGGAGAGAACACUUCUUGCAUACAAGAAGGCUGCAUCAUCGAACAAUGAAAGCAUGACAAAAUUGAUAUCUGGUAGUUUAUUGAAUAUGAUGGAUGAUAUAAGGAAGAGUAUUGACGUUGAAAACGACGAUGAAGGAGAUAUAGAGUCAAAUAACUCUUACAAUACUGCAAUUACCACGCACAGUCCUACGGUCAAUGGGAGUGGAUCAUCAGCUGAUCCUCAUAAAAGUUCCUCAACCGCCUUCUUAUCACCACCACCACCAGUGUCAGCUCACUAUUUACCCGAAGGUGUUACGCAAAAUCUUUUGGAAAAGUAUUCUGAUCAAUUGUUAAAGAUGUUUGAAGAGAAGCUCACCACAAAAACGGGGUCUGUGGCUAAGACAGGCGCCGAUGAAUCAAAAAAUGCUAAUUCUAUACAUAGUGCAAAUGCAACACCAUCUACUAAUGGUAGCAUCAGCUCUAGUGCUGCUGCUAAUGCAAACGGUAAAUCGGUCAAAUAUAAAAGUUCGGUACCAGUUGGAGGGAUUAGAAAUAAAGCAAAACCUAGAUUUGUUUAG